GAAUAGCGACAACUUCUAGAAGAAAAUGACUGGAAUACAAGGGACGAUACAAACGCAAUUCUGGGCUGUAAGGGAUUAUUUGGCACCCAUACUAAGGGAAUCAAAGUUCAAAGAACACGGUCGUAUUACACCGGAUGAGUUUGUUGCUGCUGGUGACUUUCUUACCUACAAAUUCCCAACCUGGCAAUGGACUGGCGGCGACGAAUCCAAACGUAGAGAGUACUUACCCUCUGAUAAGCAAUACCUAAUAACUAGGAACGUACCUUCUCUUCGCAGAGCAAAAGAUAUCGCGUACACCGAUAGCUCAGGUGAUCCUGAUAAUGAAGCUUUCCUGAAAUUCGUUAACGAUGAGCUAACAAUUGGCGAUGACGAAGGCGAGGAUGACUGGGUACAAACACAUGCAGGUAAUAACCCAAGUGGCAGAGCUGAAUUACCUGAUAUCAUACCUUCAAUCUCACCAGUAAACUCUCCUUCUAUACACUCAGCAACUCCCAAGAAACCAGAGAACAGUCAAGAUAUACCUGACAUCGAAGACGACGAUGACUUUGGCGUUAUUGACGAACCCGAAGAUCCUGCAGCAGCUGAGAUAUCUCAAACAGGUGUUUUGAAAGUACGGACAUAUGAUUGUAUUAUUACGUACGACAAGUACUACCAAACUCCUCGCUUAUGGUUACAGGGGUACGAUGAGCACCAAAAUCCAUUGACAUACAAUCAAAUACUCGAAGAUGUACCUUCAGAUCACGCUAACAAGACAGUCACCUCAGAGCCAUUCCCUCAUUCAGCUUCAAACACACCGAUGUUGUCUGUUCAUCCAUGCAAACACGCGUCUGUGAUGAAGAAGAUGAUAGAGAGAAUGGAUAGCAAGACUAAACUAGAGCCUUCACCUGUGACGACAACUGGAGUGCCGCCUGCGACACCAAAGAAGAAAGGCUGGUUGAGUUCUGUAGUUGGUGGCUCUAAAAAGCAGCAGCCACAGCAGCCCCAGAAUCCAUUAGAAUUUGAGGAUGGCUUACGCGUAGAUCAAUACCUUGUCAUGUUCCUCAAAUUCAUGGCGGGCAUACUGACCGUUGAGAUUGAUGCGACGACGUCUUUCUAAAUUAAGAAUAAUGUAAUUUAUACCCAAUUGUUUUGUAUUU